AUGGUGCCGCAUGCCAUCUUGGCACGGGGGAGGGACGUGUGCAGGCGGAAUGGACUACUCAUCCUGUCUGUGCUGUCUGUCAUCGUGGGCUGCCUCCUCGGCUUCUUCUUGAGGACCCGGCACCUGUCACCACAGGAAAUUAGUUACUUCCAGUUCCCUGGAGAGCUCCUGAUGAGGAUGCUGAAGAUGAUGAUCCUGCCACUGGUGGUCUCCAGCUUGAUGUCCGGACUUGCCUCCCUGGAUGCCAAGACCUCCAGCCGCCUGGGCGUCCUCACCGUGGCGUACUACCUGUGGACCACCUUCAUGGCUGUCAUCGUGGGCAUCUUCAUGGUCUCCAUCAUCCACCCAGGCAGCGCGGCCCAGAAGGAGACCACGGAGCAGAGUGGGAAGCCCAUCAUGAGCUCAGCUGAUGCCCUGUUGGACCUCAUCCGGAACAUGUUCCCAGCCAACCUAGUAGAAGCCACAUUCAAACAGUACCGCACCAAGACCACCCCAGUUGUCAAGUCCCCCAAGGUGGCACCAGAGGAGGCCCCUCCUCGGCGGAUCCUCAUCUACGGGGUCCAGGAGGAGAAUGGCUCCCAUGUGCAGAACUUCGCCCUGGACCUGACCCCGCCGCCCGAGGUCGUUUACAAGUCAGAGCCGGGCACCAGCGAUGGCAUGAAUGUGCUGGGCAUCGUCUUCUUCUCUGCCACCAUGGGCAUCAUGCUGGGCCGCAUGGGUGACAGCGGGGCCCCCCUGGUCAGCUUCUGCCAGUGCCUCAAUGAGUCGGUCAUGAAGAUCGUGGCAGUGGCUGUGUGGUAUUUCCCCUUCGGCAUUGUGUUCCUCAUCGCGGGUAAGAUCCUGGAGAUGGAUGACCCCAGGGCCGUCGGCAAGAAGCUGGGCUUCUACUCGGUCACCGUGGUGUGCGGGCUGGUGCUCCACGGGCUCUUUAUCCUGCCCCUGCUCUACUUCUUCAUCACCAAGAAGAAUCCCAUCGUCUUCAUCCGCGGCAUCCUGCAGGCUCUGCUCAUCGCGCUGGCCACCUCCUCCAGCUCAGCCACACUGCCCAUCACCUUCAAGUGCCUGCUGGAGAACAACCACAUCGACCGGCGCAUCGCUCGCUUCGUGCUGCCCGUGGGUGCCACCAUCAACAUGGACGGCACUGCGCUCUAUGAGGCUGUGGCCGCCAUCUUCAUCGCCCAGGUCAACAACUACGAGCUGGACUUUGGCCAGAUCAUCACCAUCAGUAUCACAGCCACUGCAGCCAGCAUUGGGGCAGCUGGCAUCCCCCAGGCCGGCCUCGUCACCAUGGUCAUCGUGCUCACCUCCGUGGGACUGCCCACCGAUGACAUCACCCUCAUCAUUGCUGUUGACUGGGCUCUGGACCGUUUCCGCACCAUGAUUAACGUGCUGGGUGAUGCGCUGGCAGCGGGGAUCAUGGCCCAUAUAUGUCGGAAGGAUUUUGCCCGGGACACGGGCACCGAGAAACUGCUGCCCUGCGAGACCAAGCCAGUGAGCCUCCAGGAGAUCGUGGCAGCCCAGCAGAAUGGCUGUGUGAAGAGUGUAGCCGAGGCCUCCGAGCUCACCCUGGGCCCCGCCUGCCCCCACCACGUCCCCGUUCAAGUGGAGCAGGAUGAGGAGCUGCCCGCUGCGAGUCUGAACCACUGCACCAUCCAGAUCAGCGAGCUGGAGACCAAUGUCUGAGCCUGCGGAGCUGCAGGGGCAGGCGAG